GAGCGCUAACUUGUGAGAGGCGGGUGAGUAGUGAUGGCGGCUAUAUAAGACCCAGACAAGAGUGGUUUAGUUCACAGUAACACCAGAGCUCAGGGCAUAAAUACCCACCUCGCAGCAACCUCAUCAUCUAUUAUAACAAAUUUAUUUGUUCGUUUCGGUAAAGAUGCGUCUGAUGUGGAUAGUUGGAGUUGUGGUGCUGGCACUGGCACUGGCCUCCGCCACGCCUCUAGACUCUACUAACCCAGAACAAGAAACUACUACAGGAUCGAAGACUUUUCAUGCAAUAAGGGCGUUCUUCAGGCCCAUGACUGAUUACCUGUUUAAGAAGCUUCCGUCCAAGACUCCUUCAGACGUCGCUACAGAUGUACAGGAAAAGGUGACGGAUGUGAGACAGUGGGCUGAAGAAAACCAAAUGAUACAAAGCCUCGUCAGUUCUCUGGCACCAGUCAAGUCCUGGAUCAAGGAGAGAGCCAACGCUCUGCAGGACAAGACCUUCAGAGACAUGUACAAUGACGUGAAGGAACGUGUCAGUGACCUGGACCAGAAGAUUGGAGCAUGGAUUGAGCAACAUAACAAGCAAUAAGAGGCUGGUUGUCGCUCUCCCACACAUCAUUCACAGCCUAAUAUCUUCACUUGCCCAUCACUUCAUGUAUAUUCAUUAUAUUUAUAUGAAACCCUAAACCCCUACUAUAAUCUGGCUGCUAUGGUAACUCCAUGCAACCACACCGUUACCAGACAGUAUUAACUUCUGAAGCCAUUAAUUUUGGAUCUCAGGGUUUGUGUAUAAACCACAUUCAUGUAUGUAUUUUCUUCCUACAUUGUCUCUCACGUAUUUAUAUUAUAAACCUGGGCCCCUCAAGGAAGGUUCCUUGAUGUUGGUGAGGGGCUCUUGAUUUAGGAAAUUGGAUCUGUGCUCCAGUUCCCCGAAUUAAGCCUGAAUGCCUUCCACAUCCCCCCCCCCAGGCGC